GCUGCGUGGGUCGCCAUGGGGACGGGGCUGUUCCCGGGGAGGCUGUGAUGGGUUGACAGGUGCGUGACAGUGGGAGCUGCUCUCGGCACAAGCAUGUACGGCAAAGGCAAGAGUAACAGCAGCGCCGUCCCGUCCGACAGCCAGGCCCGGGAGAAGUUAGCACUCUAUGUAUAUGAAUAUCUGCUCCAUGUAGGAGCUCAGAAAUCUGCUCAGACAUUUUUAUCAGAGAUAAGAUGGGAAAAAAACAUCACAUUGGGGGAACCGCCAGGCUUCUUGCAUUCUUGGUGGUGUGUAUUUUGGGAUCUCUACUGUGCAGCUCCAGAAAGACGUGAAACAUGUGAACACUCGAGUGAAGCUAAAGCCUUCCAUGAUUAUAGCGCCGCUGCAGCUCCCAGCCCAGUGCUAGGAAACAUGCCCCCAGGAGAUGGCAUGCCAGUAGGCCCUGUGCCACCGGGGUUCUUUCAGCCUUUCAUGUCACCUCGGUACCCUGGAGGUCCAAGACCACCACUGAGAAUACCUAACCAGGCACUUGGAGGUGUUCCAGGAAGUCAGCCAUUACUACCUAGUGGAAUGGACCCAACUCGACAACAAGGACAUCCAAACAUGGGUGGACCAAUGCAGAGAAUGACCCCUCCAAGAGGAAUGGUUCCCUUAGGGCCACAGUCUGACCCUUGGUUAUCAUUGCAGAACUAUGGAGGUGCAAUGAGGCCCCCUCUGAAUGCUUUAGGUGGCCCUGGAAUGCCUGGAAUGAACAUGGGUCCAGGUGGUGGUAGACCUUGGCCAAAUCCAACAAAUGCCAAUUCAAUACCAUAUUCCUCAGCAUCUCCUGGGAAUUAUGUAGGUCCUCCAGGAGGUGGAGGGCCACCAGGAACUCCCAUCAUGCCUAGUCCAGCAGAUUCUACCAAUUCUGGAGACAACAUGUAUACUCUAAUGAAUGCAGUACCUCCUGGACCCAACAGACCUAAUUUUCCAAUGGGCCCAGGGUCAGAUGGUCCAAUGGGUGGAUUAGGAGGAAUGGAGUCACAUCACAUGAAUGGAUCUUUAGGCUCAGGAGAUAUGGACAGUAUUUCCAAAAAUUCUCCCAAUAAUAUGAGCCUGAGUAAUCAGCCUGGAACUCCAAGAGAUGAUGGUGAAAUGGGGGGAAAUUUCUUAAAUCCUUUUCAGAGUGAGAGUUAUUCCCCGAGCAUGACAAUGAGUGUGUGAUCCAUUCCCAAGCCUCCUCUGACAACAACAGUGAGUCAGCCUUCUUCACAGAACUACUACAGAAGAAAAUUAUUCAUCACCGUGUACAGUUUAACAAACAAAAGGAUCUCAGUCACAACCGAACCAACUCUAUUUUUUUCCUGCUCUCUCCUUUAUUUUGUGAAGAAAGCAGGUCCAAACGUGAUUCAAACAACUGUACGGAGUGGCAUAUUAAAAUUGCCCUAAAUUGAACUGCAAAUAAUUAUCUGUGUAUGUAUAUGUGUGGGACAAUGAAUGUACUGUAUAUGUGUAUGUUAUAUAGACAUAUACAUGCACACAUACAUACAUGUAUCCACAGGACAUUGUAAAAUAAUUAUCACAUGACAUCUUAAGUAGAAAUAAGUAGGGACUUUUAUUCCGUCUUUUUUCACAUUUACAUUUUAAUUAUUAAAAGUUACUUUUCCCUCCCCCUGAACUAUUUUGUGCUGUGUAUAUCACUGCUUUAUAUAAGUUAUUUUUUAAGGUGAAUUCAGAUGUUAUGGUUUUGUAAAUGUCUGCGAUCAUGGAUAGGAAUAAAAUUGCUUAUUUGAGAGCUUUCAUUAAAUGGUGUCUGAUGCAAGUUAUCCUGUGAAUCACGAAUUGUACUGUCUCAAGAAAUAGAAGAAAGCUUGUCUUGAUUUUUAUGUCAAAAUCUACCGAUUUCUCACUUGUUUAUGGUGAAAGUUUUGUUUUGUUGGGGUUGUUUUUUUUUGUACUUUGCCUUUAGGGGGAAAAAAGUGACUUUAAGGCCCACAUUUCUGCAGUUUUUGGUUUAAAUGAAGGCUUCAAAUUUACCUUAGUUUAUACAAGAAACUACCCUUGCCACAGUUGUUUUACAAUGCAGCAAUAAAGCGGCAGCUGUCCCGUUUCCAGGAGCAUAUUUUUUGCUUGCCAUAAUCAGCCAAGAAGAGAUAGUUAGGACAUUUACUUUAAGGUGUUGUCAUUUCUCACCAGGAACAUGAGAGUAAAGCCUUCUCUCACAUUGCUAUCGUGAAAUUUAUCCAAAUUGGUUGAAGGCAUCACACAGGUCACACUUAUGGGUUGAAGCAAAUGGGUUGGAAUUGUGACUUUCUACUGAAGGGAUAAAAAGGACAAUGUUGCCAGUCUUGGCAAACCACUGUCAUUGUCUCUUCUGCUCCACUGUUGACUUUUAAACUAGCAGAAAAACUGAGAAAAGAUGGGUUAUUGAGCCUUUCCAUAUAUAACAUUUCACGGGCAGGAUCCUUCUAUGACCCUCCCAAAUGUAUUGUGCUGAUAUAUAAGUGAAAGGAUACCUGUUUUGCCUCCUUUAUCACUUUCAUCAAGCUAAAUCAGCAUUCUCUGCCAAAGAGACAACAAAUUGAUAAUUAAAACAACAACAACUCAGCCCUAUUGGUAAUGAGGCAGCAUUUUGGUAGAAUGGAAUAAAAAAAACCUGUGUUUGAACCUUGACCCUUUUCCUUACUCCCUGUGUGGUGUUGGGUAAGUCCCUUAAGAUCAGAGGAUCAGAUAGUGCACCGGCCCUGGAGUCAGGAGUACCUGAGUUCAAAUCCGGCCUCAGACACUUAACACACACUUACUAGCUGUGUGACCCUGGGCAAGUCACUUAACCCCAAUUACCUCACCAAAAAAAAAAAAAAAGAUCAGAGGAUCAUAGACUUUAGCAUCUCCCUCUCUGGAACUUGGUCUCCUCAUCUGCGAAAUGAAGGGGUCCUUUUAGGGUCCCUAUCAGCAUGUGAUUCUGUGAGAGAACCUUGUUCUGUGGUAUUCUUGCUUCAUUGGCCUUCAUUAUAAAAAAUCCUCUUGAGAAAGGCCCAGCUUUCAACAACGGCAGAAAGGUGGGAACGGUCUCACCUUAAUUUCUGAAACAAAAGCGAGUCAUAGAUCACCCUGUCAAAAUCGAGAUAUAGAAUAUUCAUCAGUAGCCAUCUAGCAACUGUAGCUCCAAACUCAUGAGACUAUGAGAAGGGAUUGUUUGAUCUGAGGUGAGGAGAAUCUUCUAUCCUUUGUAGGAAAGACCUAAAGUCUUUGAUAGUUUUUUAAAAAAAGGCAGAUUAUUUGCCAGUUUCUGGUCUUGGCUGACUUAUUUCUCUCAAAUCCUUUAUGAUUGAUUCCUCAUGAAAAUAAAGAUUUUUCCCUGUGUCUACUGGGGAUGCAAGGUAGAGCUAACUGUUCAGUGAAGAAAGGAGCUGAAUUAAAUUUAUAGUGCAGAUUUAAACUGUAAUAAAAUGAGUCACCAUGAAUCACAGGGAGCUCAGGAGACAAGAGCACAGGCCUGCACAGCAAGAAACAGCCCCAAAGCCUCGAGCUGCAGAAGCCUUCCUUUCACACAAGACAUUCACCUCAAAUUCAUCUUAGUCAGUUGGAAAGUAUCCUAAGGAUGACACUGCCAGAUACCUAGCUUUCAUUAAAAUGGUCCCAAACCUGCAGCUAUUUUUAAGAAAAAAGUGCCAAAAUAUGACAUUUGGAGAAUCCCUUCAUUCUAAUCUGAUCUUAUAGUACUGUAUUUCAGCCAUUUCAUUGACUACUUUUCCCAUUUUUUAUUUUGAAUUAUUUUUCUCAUUUGGCAAAGAAUGACUUCCAAUUUCAGAUAAUCUUGAACCUGGUUUAGCUAUUUUUAUUUAGAGAUAAGACUAGAAUUAAAAGGGUACCAUAGGCCUCAAUAUUUCUACUCUCUGUUAUAAGAAAUGCAAAAACAGAAUUUUCAAGGUAUAACAAACUCAUGUUCAUAUCCAUGAUUUCCUUUUUCUCUUGGGGUUUUGCUUUGAUAUCAUCAAUUAUACACAAACACUUUCUAGAAGAAAAAAAGGUAUAUAUUUGGAUUGGUUUGGUUUAUCUUACAUAAAAACGAGGUUAUUCAAGAAAGCACGGACAAUAGAAUUUGUGCCCAUUAAAAUGAUCUUGUUCUUGAUGUGUCAAAAAAAUUUCUGUCUUAUUUAAAGAAAGAAGCAUAACAUAAAUUGAUCGGGGGAGGGGUUAGGUUCUCAUUCAUUAAACCCAGCUUUUUUCCUACUUCUAGCAAAGUCCUUCAACUUUCUACUUCUCCCAUGUUUUUCAUCUCUUCUCAUGUAUGAGUUGAUCUUGAUGCAUACUUGCUCUUUCAGAUUAUUUUUACAUGUCAACCCCGUUUAACUAGUGGCAUCAGCAUCUGAUUCCUUCCAAUGUUACAUUACAUAAGGGAAAAAUCUAUAAAUAAAAUACAGAAAAACAAUGUAUGAAACAUUGUUUUUCUUUGUUAUGCUUUGUAUUGUUCUAAAACUUGCUAUAAUUUAAGGCAUACUUCAACCCUUUUCAGGACAUAGGCUUAAUUCUACCAAAUCAUUAGUCUUGUCACAAAUUUGCCCAUUUGGUAUUCCAUAGACUUCAGCAAGUAUUGGCAUCCUCUGCCAUUCACAUGGGGUCAAUUGGAAUGGUUUUCUGGUUUGAACCUAGGAUCUUAAUUCUAAAUUUGGAGGCCUAAGAUUCAAAGUUUUCUACUUGUUAAAGGAUAGUCAUACUGAUUUUAUUGCUCUUGAGGGUAGAAAUCCAGAAUAGCCUCCUAGGCACAGAAGAAACCAAGUUCCCUCCAUUUUUCGGGGUCCUCCAGGGUAGCUAAGAUCCUGCACAGGUGCUCACAGAGUGAUUCCGUCACCAAAUCCUGAACAUCAGUGUCCAAGUACAGAAGUUCUCAGUCCAGAAUGCCUCCAAAGGAGUGGCUAUAGAUAGCCAUGGAAUUCUGUCCACUCCUUCCCUACCCAUAUCAUGCCACAAAACAUAGUCCACGCAUCUGGACAUGUUCAAGUUUCCCUUGAGCAGGGGAAUAAGAUACUUACCACUAGAAAGUGAUGAAAUCACUUCUAUGGCCUUCUAGUCUAGUAAUCUAUCCUCAUCUACAGAACAGAGAUAACGCAUUCCAAAAUACUUGCCUUUUGAAUCUUUAUUUUUGGAGAAGUUUAAACUUCUACUGCUUCUAAAACUGUGUUUUUCUAGGAACAAAACUUAGAGAUAAGCCUUGAUUCCCUUUGGCAUUAUAGAAAGUGGCAUUGCAAGAAACACUAGAUCAUGGUUAAUUGGCUUUGGAGAGUUUUUAGUACAUAGGAUAGAUCGUGUAUAUGUUAGUAUGCAUGUAUAUAUACACAUAUGUAAUUAUAUUGUGUAAGUAUAUUUAUAAACAUAUAUAGACAUUCUGGAAAUAGUUUUACUUUUUUAUUUGUUUUGCUAAGGCUAAUAUUUUGUAUUCCUCAAACACAGCCAGUGGUAUGUGAAAAGGUAGACCAGAAGGCCCUGGAAAGACAUUCUGGAUAAUCCACAAAACAGAAGAAUGGUUCACAUGAUGAGAGGAACUUUUGUUAACAACUGGUUUUUCUGUUCCUUUAUACAUGAUACAAUAGAUCUCUAUGUCAACCAGCAUUAUUUAGUUAAUACAAACAAUUAAUUUUGCUAACAUUUCACAGAAAAUAUACCAUGAGAUAAACAAUGCAUCUGGUUGAACGCCACCAGCUAGUUCCACAGUAUUGGGAGGACAUUUGUUUUUUCUUGGGGGAAGUGGGGACUGGGAAUAGGAAGAGAGCUGUUAUUGGUGUGGGGUAUUUUUGUUCUGCUACAUUGAGUCAGAUUCUUUUCUUAAAGUAUGUUUUUAUAUUACUUUUAUGUCUGACAAGGACAUAUUUCCAAAGGUAUUUGGGGAAAAUUAGUUAAUGGAAUAUAAAUUAGUGUGGCUUUGGAGAACUCGUCAUUAUUGACUCAAUUAUUUUUAGUCAUCGUUAUCUAGCAUUAAGCAUCCUAAAAAUAGUCAGUAAGCAUUUAUUAAGCACCUACUAUGUGUCCAGCCCCUGCUCUCAAGGAGAUCAAAGUCUAAUGGAAGAGCUCAUUCAUGAUGGUCAUUAUUCCUAUUCUUACUACUGAAUUUAGAGAGCCUAGAUUGAGUUAAUGCAAACAAACUUUUGGGCCAAAAUGUGGUUCCCACUUUAAGUUUGGAAAUGCAAUAAUUUCCAUCCCCAAAUCUCAAAACUGAGUUUAAGGAAUUAUAAUCAAAAUGCACAUUCUAAAUCAUGUUAAAAUAUGAGGACAAACAGCAGAUGAACUGAAUUCUGCUUCCCAUUUUAAUCUGCCUUUUAAAAUAUUUGAAGUUUUUUGAAAGAUGCCACACUCAGCACUGGAGACAUAAAAUACACUAGAUUUCCUCCCUUGGAUUUUUUUUUUCGGUCUUCCUCCUUUGUUCCCUCUUUCCUCAAAUGUUUUUGAAAGGGGGGGGGGGAAGAGUAAGUUUGUGUGUUUGUGUGUGUGUGUGUGUGUGUGUGUGUGUGUGUGUUUUAUUUCCUUUAUAUGGGAUCACAGAUUUGGAGCUAGAAGGGAUCUUAUAGGUCAUGUUCUCUCAUCUCAUUUUACAGAUGUGGAGACUGGGGAUAAGUAACUUGUACAUAAUUUCCCCCUCGUAGAAUACCUGCUUCUCUGAAGUAAGAACUGUUUUUUAAAAAAAGUGCUAAGGUAUUAUUCAUAGCCUUCAAUUUUGUUUCCAACGUCCCAGGUGGUUGUGAGAGAGGCUGGGGAGGAGACACCAAUGGUGCACUCCAAGAGUUUGCCUCACUUUGUGACAAUUAAAUGUGAUCUGUCCUCCCUACUUCCAUUUUCAGGAUACAGUAUAGAUUAAAAGCAAGGGGCUAAGGGGAGCUUGUACAAGUAAAUAUGUUUCCUUUUUAUGCUUAGUGAGUGUAAGAUUACCUAUUCCAAUAGACUGCAUUAGACCUUGAAUUUAGAAGUCCUGCAUCUGAAGGAAGGUAAGAUCUGAAUUCAGUCUCCAUGGUCCUGUAAUCCAUAAUGACCUUGUUGCUAUUGCCACAAAUUAAGAAGCUUCAUUGUUUGGAGAGAGAGGAGUGUAACAUUGGCAUUUGUAAAUAGGCAAUUAUGGCAUUAUUGCCCCACAUCAGUAGCUUUCCUAAUUUGACCAUAACCUGUAAAUCUGAUUCAGAAAAAUGACCUACAAAUGAAAGACACCAUCAAUAAUAAGCCAUGGGUCCUAUUCUAUUAGUUCCCUGAGGAAGUAGAGUCAGACUCAAAAAGAAAUGGAUCCUGGUGGAUCAUAUAUUAACUUUGAAAACCACAAAUUAGCAUUAUCUAUGUUGUAUGUAUCUAUGUUGUAUUUUUAUUUAUUUUGCUAAACACUUCCCAAUUACAUUUUAAUGCAAUUCAUCCAGUGAGUUUUGCUGGCUGCAAGUUUUAACACUUCUAUCCUAAAGGUGUAUUUUAAAGAGAAAGCCUUUUAUGAUUAAAUCUGCCAAGAAAGCAUGACCCUUCUUCUCUUAAGGGGUAGUGUCCUUGGUUUUCUUGUACAGAAAAAAAAGAAAAGUCAUUACUCUAACUUAACCAAACAAAAGUGACUAUUCUUCCAUUUUGUCCUUUUUAUGAUGAAAUACAGUACUAUAGAACAAUUACAGAUGAUAACGGGAUAGGUUUUUACAAAGUCCAGAAUCCCAGUUUCUUUCUUUCCUCUAGUUUGAAGGUAACGGCUGUCCUCAGAAGAGAUAUUGCACCCUCUUUGAUUUCCAUAAUGUUCAUUCCUCACUAUUCUCCCCUUGAUCAAUUCCGUCAUACACAUAGACACACAACCAAUCAGAGUUCCAACUUUGGAACCAGCGUACAACUAAGGUAAAUCUGAAUAUUUAUUGAAAAACUAAUAUAGUUAAGCAAUUCAUACCAAAUUAAACUUUAAGAUUCUUUCUUUCCCACUGAGACAGCCUAAAUAACAAUGGAAGAGAAGCUGGGGUUGCCAUAAGGUUACUUGGAAAGGUGUUUCACCCCAAUGUUGCCAACUCAGUUUUCAUCUGAUUCUUCAGCUAAAGUAUUUAGAGGAUAAUACCAGGGAAAGCUAGGUGGCACAGUGGAUAGAGCACCGGCCCUGGAGUCAGGAGUACUUGAGUUCAAAUCCGGCCCCAGACACUUAACACUUACUAGCUGUGUGACCCUGAGCAAGUCACUUAACCCUAAUUGCCUCACUAAAAAAAUAAAUAAAUAAAUAAAUAAUAGAGGAUAAUACCUCCACUGAAGCAGAAUUACCAUCUAUUGAUUAGAAAAUAAACUAAAGAAUCUGAUUCAAUUGGUAAAAUUGUCUAGGCUGCCACACUAUUGGGGGGUGGGGGUGGGAAUUGAUUCAGCAAAACCUUAGGAAAUUUCUCAAUAUCCAAUUAUUGUAUAAUUGAAAUGAUAUAUGUGCAUGAUGUCCUGUCUUUCACCAGACCUUCUAUAUUUUUCAAAAUGUUUUAUUUUACUUGCAUUAAGAUCUUAUAUAAUUAAUACAAACUAUAUAUUAGUAUAGUAGGAUAAUUUAAAGGGCAUGUUGGUGUUUUAAAUAAUUAAAAGAGAAAAAUCUUUAUAGAUAGAAAUAUUUCUUUAUUUGCACAUGGUAACCAUCUUAAUAACUUAUCUAAUUGUGAUAAAUUUAGAAUUUGAAGUGUUCUUUUCUUACUCUAUAUGUUAAAUUGCUAAUUCUUGAGUCUUCCUGGAAAUAAGAAUAUGAGAUUAUUUGUAAGUUUUUUUUAAUGCAACAUUUGUGCAUUCAUAUAAUUGGUGUCUAGGAUGACUUUUAGCUUUCUUCUCUUUCUUAAUUUAUUAAACCACUGCCCUCAGCUACCUACAGCAAUUUUGUAAAUCUAUUCUCUUGUGUUUGUUAAUUGUGCAUUCUUGCAAUUUUUACCCAACACAUUUUGGGCUAUUAUUCAUCAUUUUAUUUUCAAGUAUGUAAUAGAGUCUAUCCUGUAAUGGGAGAGCUUGCCAUGAAGAUGUAUAUAGAUAUCCUUUUUAAUGGGUACGUGUUUUCACAUUUAAUAAAAAUAUAGCUUUCA